AGCAGUCGCGAGGCUGACUUAUGCGUUAUUUCUAUCGCAUGACUUCAUGAGGGGUGCAGCAUGACGUCAUCGGGGGUUCCCCUUGUUUCAUCACAAUAGCACAAAGCAAUAUGCCAAUUUAUCACGUACUGCAUCAGAAUGACUGAAGAACUUUACUUGUAGCAAAUUAAUACCGCAAAUACUUCUCCGGGGAAUUGCAUAACAUGGGAAGCAUCGCUGGGAUCAGAAAAAAAAGGCACUCCAUCGUUACAGAGCUAAACUUAUAGGCCAUACUUGUUACAGCAAAGACUGCUCGGUUGAAUGAUUCUAGUUACUCGAGGAGUUUACGACGUUUUACAUGCAUUUGUGCACGUGUUCGUGUAUGUGGGACGAUAAAUGAUCUUUCUAUAGAUUUCUUUCACAGUCAUGGGCUUUUUUCUUGAUGAAUCAUGGCUUUUUCGAAUUAUACCCGAUAUAAAAGGUUACCCGGCAACUGCAGCUACGCUGUAUCAGGAGCCCAUCACUGACUGUAUUCUUUCCGAUACAUUCAGGCCACUUGAGUCAUGCCUGGAUACAAUUUGGCUCCAAUUGAUCGAUCAGGAAUCGAUAAAAAGAAUUUGUGCCCUAAAUGCCACGGACUUCUUAGAGAAGCUGUACAGACCAUAGCCUGUGGCCACAGAUACUGCAAAACAUGCGUGGAUACUAUACUAAGUCAGGGAGUCGGAAAAUGUGUCCUCGACGAUUUGGCCAUAACACGAGAACAGGUUUUCUUGGACCGUUUUGUCGAGCGAGAGAUCCAGUCAUUAACUCUUCACUGUGUUAACCAGGAACAAGGUUGUGAGUGGAGAGGCGAGCUGAGGAAACGAGAGGUUCAUGACGCUGUCUGUGAGUACGUGAAAGUACCGUGCGUUCAUUCGGAAUGUGGUGAACUGGUGACCAGGGCAAAGCUCGCGGAACACCUUGAGCAGGCUUGUCAGUACAGAAUGGUAACAUGUCAGUACUGCCAAGCUCCUGUCGUUUUCGCAGAAAUAAAGAAACACCAGGAAACUCAGUGUCCUUUGGUCUUGAUUGUUUGCCCAGAGUGCAACAGGAAGGACAUUCCUCUUGCACAGCUGUCUGCUCAUCUUGAUCCAAUGGCCGGAGACUGCGAAGAGAUGCAAGCACCUUGUCCAUUGACGCAGAUUGGAUGCUCUGAAACUAAAACCAUGAAGCUGCAAGAAAGGAGGAUUCAUGAAGAGAGUGCCAGUGCUGGUCACGUGAUGCUCCUCUUUCAAUCAGUCAUGCAACUCUUCUCUGUGGUUGGCAGAACCUUGCAGGGAUCCAAUCAAGUCACUGUCAGAGAUUUGAAUCUACCAUCUCAUGAAGAAUUGGAGAGAUGCGUUAAACAAGUGGAGAACGCAUUGAAAGAGAACAAAGAGUUGAAAUCAAAAUUGUUGCAGCAAGAAAACCGUAUUCGACAGCUGGAAGGC